AUGGGAAAGGACUGUAGCCUUUCCCAUAAGAAGAAUGCAACGCCAGGAGACAUCCAGGAGGCUACUACUGACGAUCUCUUCAACGUCAGUGGCCUCUAUGAACUCGGAGGGGCCUGGGUCAAGUUCGACGACGGAGCAUUGGUUGCUAAAGUCUCCUUUGCCUCCGAUUUCUCUGCCGUCGAAAUCCGAAACCUUCCACGGCGCAGCACCGUCGACUUUGUCAAGGAGCUGCUGGAGAACGUAGGCAUGCCUACGUCGGGGCUUGACAUAGGCCUCUUCGAGCAUACGGCGGGCAACCGGUACAAUGCCAUCGUGAAAGCCGAGGAUCCCGUGUUCGCCAAGACGGCCAGCAGCAAGCUGGCCACAUACAUCACUUACCGGGACCUCCAGGCGUUCCCCAUCCCCCCUUCUUUGCCGGAAAGCCAGACACCCCAGGUCGACUGCCGUGUGGUACACUGCUCCUGGGACCGGCCGACACGCAGUGCCAGCCUGCUCUUCAGGACCGAGGACGCUGCUGAAAAGCUGCAGAAGAGGGCCAUGGACGGAACGUACAUGGUGCUCGGAUGCAGAGUACAGGCAAGCGUUGAGAAGUCCGAAGACAGCUGGAUAGUGCGGAUCCUCGGACUCAGCAAGGCCACGGAAGUGCCAGACGUCGUGGCGGACAUUCCAGUGUCUGAUCGUCCUCUCCAGGUCCAGGUCAGGUCUGCCAACUACGCUUGCGAGUUGGAAUACAGCGCCUCCGUCGUCAAGUCCAUGCUGCAUCGGGUUGGUCCCGUCACGCGCUGGGUGCUGCUCCCUCCGAGCAACGAUAGCCAGCGAUUCCAUGCGUACGGCCUCUUCCAAGAAGAGUCAAUGGCAAUAACCGCCGCCGCCGCCUUGCAUGAGAAGCUGCUACCGUUUGGCAAGGCAACGACGCUUUCUGUUUCCAUUGUAGCAUCGGUCAGGUUCAAGGUCCCGAACGAAGUCUACGCCUGGAUACAGAAGAGGAUCGUUGCGCAGAAGCCAGCCUGGGAGCGCGAGCAGACCUACUUCCACGAAGGUCGUCCGGAAGGGGAUUUCCGAUGUCUGAGGCUGGAAGGCGAGGACCACGCGUCUGUGGCUCGAGCGAGACAGUUCGUCGAGAAAGCCAUGAGCGGAGACAUUGUGAGAAUGCAGGCAAAGGACCUCCAGUCUUGCAAGCUUCUUGCUCAAGGCGAGUCUCCCAGCGUCGUCGUAAGUCUCGAAUGGGCUUGCAAUGUGCUCAUUGUGCCCGACUUGCGCAAGUCGCUGUUCCGCGUCUACGGAGACGACGAACUGGACCAGAAGACGGUAGAGACCAUCACGACGGUACUCCAGGAGAGGAUCCCUGAAAGCCACACCAUCGACCUCAAGGGCAAAGAUCCCAGCUCUGGCAUGGACUGUCCGGCGUGCUUCUGCGAGCCUGAAGAGCCCGUUCGCAUGUCCUGUGGUCACAUCUACUGUGGCUCUUGCUUUGUCCGCUGCUGUGAGGCUGAGAUGAGGGCAUCGAGGGAAUUCCAGAUUCGCUGCCCGACGGGUAAUCCCCGUGGGGGUCUCUGUGGAAAGGCCUUCUCCCUUACAGAGCUCCAGGAGUCUCUCCCGUCGGAAGUCUUCGAGAAAGUCCUCAAGAAGUCGUUCGAGUCCUUUGUCGGUCGUCGUCCAGCCGAGCUUGCGUACUGUGCCACCCCCGACUGUGACCAGGUGUAUCGGAUUACGCCCCCUGACUCUGACCAUCCCGGCAUCUUCACAUGCAGCAAGUGUCUGAGACCUGUCUGCACGAUCUGCUGCCAGCGUCCGCACCCGGAAGGGCCUUGUCCCGGUCUUGAACGCGAUGCCAACAGCGUCCUCGACAAGAAGACAAAGGAGCGGCUUGGCAUCAAAGACUGUCCGAGAUGCUCGCGGCUGAUGGAAAAGUCCGACGGGUGCGACCACAUGGCAUGUAGCUGUGGAGCCCACGUCUGCUGGGUGUGUCUCUCAUUCUUCGACACGAGUGCAGAAUGCUACAAUCAUCUGCAGCGAGUCCAUAGGGGGAUACACUUUCACUAG